UCAGUCGGGGUCGUAUCUCAGCACCGGUUGGUUCACACUCAUUCUGGCCAUGGACAUGUGCAAGGAGAUCCGAGUUUACGGCAUGAUCAAUGACACGUACUGCAAAUCAGAAGGCUACAGGAAGGUGCCGUACCACUAUUAUGAAGCAGGAAGUCGUGACGAAUGUGCCGAAUACCUCCUGCACGAGAGUGCCCCUUACGGCGGGCACCGGUUCAUCACAGAGAAGGCUGUUUUCGCAAAGUGGGCUAAGACGCACCCCAUCAAGUUUUUCAGUCCAGAGUGGCAGCUGUUAUGACCAAGACUCCCUUUCUUUCAGAAUAUCCCCUGAUACUACAGCUCUGUUGGCUCGUUCCUCCUGCAUCGUAAAGUAAUGCUCACAAAAUGUGCCA